ACCCCGCUGCCUACUCUACCUCACCCACCAAUCCAAUCUAUCCACCCAUGUCACAGUCAGUGACUGAAUCACUCUCUUAUUAGCAUGUACUAUAAUUUGCAUACGAACCCAUGGCUGAAGGCAGUCCAGCAGAGAAGCUUCCUCUUCUCCUCCCUCGUUUCUCUCUCAACUCUCUCUCUAUAAAUACGUAAGCAAAAGCUUUCUCUUCGUAAUUUUAAGGUCAUUUUUUUGUUAAAAUUAUCCUUCAUGGGGUUUCCGGUUGGUUACACGGAAGUUUUCUUACCAAAACUCUUCGUCCACACACUUUCCUUCCUGGGUUUCAUCCGAAGUCUAAUUUUUGCCCUCUUUAGCUACCUCGGACUCUCCGAUUUCCUCGAGACAGAUACCGUCUGGCCGGAGAACCCGACCCGAACAACCCCCGAGAACCCGCCCGUAUCCGCUCUCCUGAUCCGGGAAAUCCUCCCCGUUAUAAAGUUCGAGGAACUUGUCGUCGUGGGGGACCCGCCGGAGAGCUGUGCCGUUUGCUUGUACGAGUUCGAAGGUGGGGAAGAGAUCAGAUGGUUGAGGAACUGUAGGCACGUUUUCCAUAGGGCGUGCUUGGACCGUUGGAUGGACCAUGAUCAGAAAACUUGUCCGCUUUGUAGGACACCCUUUGUUCCUGAUGAGUUGCAGGAUGAGUUUAAUCAACGGCUCUGGGCUGCUUCCGGGGUCGGUGAUUUUUACAGUGAGUACAGUUCGGUUCCGGGAUUGUAGAUUUUUCAUUAGGCGGGGAAGGAGGGGCCGGUACUUGUUUUGUUUUAUCCGAUGGCCUUUUUUUUGUAAUGAGCUUAGUGAAAAGUGUACAUAUUACAUGACAAGUUGGUGCAUAGCCAAUAAAAAAAAAAGAUAAAAAGUUUUGCAUAAACAGUUCUUACAGUUUGAAUGCUACAAUUAUGCUUUGUUUGAAUUGUUUCUCAGGUUGAGAAAUGAAUAUCAAUCAAUCUACAACCUGUUAUUAGUUUUAUAUAAAAUUAUUUAGGUUGAAUUUCGAGUCUAGUUAAUUGAAAGAGUUGAAGGGUGCACUUUACAGCUAGGAAUUUGCUGGAAUGAAAUGAGAUUGUUACCUAUCUUUGUUGUA